GUGCAUAUGUUUGUCGUUCGUUGUCCGUCCAGCCAAUCUGUCAAAGUCGCACUUCAGCAGCAAUAGCAACAGAAAGUAUCACGAAAAUCAAGAAAAUGGAAAGUGCCAUCGACGUAAAGUUUCCUGCUGGUUCCUUGGUGCCGAAGAAUGAGACCGGAGCGCUCAACUUCAUCCGGAAGUAUCCGGACUUCAAUGGAAAGAAUGUGACGAUAGCAAUUCUGGACUCGGGAGUUGAUCCACGGGCGAAAGGACUGGAGACAAUCCCCGGAGGUGACGUCAAAGUCAUCGAACGGUUCGAUUGCUCCGGGUGCGGUGAUGUGGACGUGAAUAAAUCCGUUACCGCGAACGGAACGGAUGGAACCAUUAUCGGGCUGUCCGGAAGGGUACUGCGUCUGUCGAGCGCCAUGAAGACGAAAUGCCUUUCGGGUGAGUAUCGAGUUGGACUGAAGAGCAUGCACGAUCUGUAUCCGUCGCGCAUACGGGAAAAAAUUGUUGCCGAUGCUAAACUGAAAACCUGGGACGAACCGCACAAGAAAGCCAUAGCCGAAACCAGCCGGGACGUUGCGGAGUUCGAUGCGAAAAAUCCCAACGCACAGAAUCUGCCACUGAAGGAAAAAUUAACCAAGGAAAACCUGGACAGUACGGUGGAGUUUUUGAGUUCGUGUGAGAAGAAGUUCACCGAUCUGAAGACAACGUAUGAUUGUGUGCUAUUUCUGAGUGUGGAUGGAUGGGUGGCCGUUAUCGAUACUACCGGAAACGGUGACUUAGAGAAUGCAGUUCACGUUGGAGAGUACAGCAGAACGCAUGAGAUGGUCAACUUGGAUGACUUUCUUUCCAUAUCGGUUAAUGUUCAUGACGGAGGGGAUGUGUUGGAGAUUGUAGGAAUGUGCUCAAGUCACGGUACCCACGUUGCAUCGAUUGCUUGUGGUUACCAUCCGGAUAAUUCUGAAUUGGAUGGUGUUGCUCCGGCGGCCAAGGUGGUGUCACUGACGAUUGGUGAUGGCCGAUUAGGAUCUAUGGAGACGGGGACUGCCCUAGUUAGAGCAAUCAUUAAGGUUAUGGAACUAUGUGAGGCGGGUUGUAAGAUUGAUGUGAUCAACAUGAGCUAUGGAGAGCAUGGUCAUUGGUCUAACUCCGGUCGGGUGGGUGAGCUCAUGAGUGAGCUAGUUAACAAAUAUGGCGUCGUGUGGGUUGCUUCAGCCGGUAAUCAUGGACCAGCCCUGUGCACUAUCGGCACUCCACCUGAUAUCAGUCAGCCAAGCUGCGUAGGUGUCGGUGCAUACGUAUCUCCCGAAAUGAUGGAAGCUGAAUAUGCACUGAGACAAAAGCUACCCGGCAAUGUUUACACUUGGACGUCCCGAGAUCCAUGCAUCGAUGGUGGAUUUGGAGUGACGGUGUGCGCUCCGGGAGCUGCAAUAGCUUCUGUUCCUCAGUUCACGAUGUCCAAGGCCCAACUGAUGAAUGGGACCAGUAUGGCUGCACCUCACGUUGCUGGUUCGGUUGCCCUGUUGGUUUCCGGCUUGAAGCAGAAAAAUGUAAACUUUACUGCAUUUAGUAUUAAACGGGCUCUUUGGAACACUGCCACCAAAAUUGACUACAUCGAUAAGUUUGCUCAAGGAAACGGACUUUUGAAUGUGGAAAAAGCAUUUGAGAAUUUGACGACCUACAAGGAUUGCUUGGAGAACAAUCUACGGUUUUCCGUCAGUGUAGGAAGUAAUGGAGCCAAGGGUAUCCAUAUCCGACAGGGACUACUGAUGAAGCCGGAAGAGUUUAACGUCAGUAUUGAACCUGUAUUUUUCAAUGAUAAAUAUGCUUCCGCUGCUGAUAAAAUUAGUUUUAACGUAAGACUGACAUUGAUUCCAUCGGAAUCGUGGAUUCAAUGUGGAUCCUUCCUAGAUCUUUGCUAUUCGCAACGUACGAUUUGUGUGAAGGUUGAUCCUACUGGAUUGGCUCCUGGAGUUCAUAAAGCAAGUAUAAAGGCGUAUGAUUCUUCAUGCGUUGAGAAGGGUGUUAUGUUUGAGAUUCCCGUCACUGUGGUUCAACCGAUUGUAAUUGAUCCUAAAACGUUGGAGUACACCCAAACCGAAGCGGUAACAUGCAAACCUAACACGAUUCUGCGGAAUUUCUUCCUGGUACCGAAAUAUGCCACUUGGGCUGUGCUGGAGAUGAUAUCCACUGAUACGAACGACACCAUGGGAGGAAAGUUUUUGAUCCACACGAUGCAGAUUCUACCGAUGAAGUAUUGCAAAUCGCAGGAAACACAAAAGAUUCUGCCUGUAAACAGUGUAUCCACGACGGUGCAUCCAUUCAAGUGUGUGGGUGAUAACAUUCUGGAAGUUUGCAUUGCUAAGUAUUGGUCCAACUUUGGUACGGUUCCACUCAAGUAUUCCAUCAAAUUCCAUGGAAUCUCUCCGUUGAGUGGAAAUGUGAUGCACAGCGCUAACGGUAUUCAUCGGAUUGACCUCACCACGCUUUCAGCCGAAGAGGUACUACCAUCAGUUUCACUCAAAUCAGCCGUCAUGGUUCUAAAACCAUCAGAAACGAAAAUUACUCCUCUCAGCACUAGGGACAUUAUUCAUCCUGGACGCCAAAUCUACCAGAACGUAUUAAACUACAGUUUGCAUUUAAACAAAAGCCAGGAAAUUGCAUUCUACGCACCACUCUUUAGUACCGUUUUGUACGAAAGCGAAUUUGAGUCUCAAUUUUGGAUGGUCUUCGAUUCGAACAAAAUGAUGAUUGGAUGUGGCGAUGCUUACUCUAACGAUGCCUAUUUAAAGCUGGAAAAGGGUGACUAUACCGUCCGCUUGCAAGUUCGUCAUGAGAAGAAGGAGUUGUUGGAAAAGAUUUCAGAAACGAAUAUGUUGGCUAACAUCAAGCUGGCAAAUACCCUGUCUGUAGAUAUUUACAAAUCAUACAAUCAAGCUAUCGUCAAUGGAAAAAAGAUAACGACGUUCGCCUUCCCGGCGGGAGUCAAUCGUCCAAUCUAUCUGGCCCCAAUUUCAAACGAAAAGCUUCAGAAAGCUUCAUUCCCGAAUCAGUGUUCCUGGUUGGAAGGAACGAUUGUUUAUGCUAAGGAUGAGUUGGGCAAAAAAUGCGACACCCACUGCUUCCAGUACAUUCUGACCGAGGGUCCAGCGGUUAAGAAAAAUGGUACCGGAAGUCCAAAGGAAACCAAGAGUAAACUUGAAGAAUACAGUGAAGGACUUCGUGACUAUCAAGUUUCACAGAUUUCAAAACUUGACCCCGAAAAUGCCGAACUGAUCUACAAAGUCGUUCUGAAAGACAAUCCCAGUUUUGUGGGAGCUCAUCUGGCAUUGAUCGAAAAUUUAGAUAGUAACGAUCUGAAGUUAAAUCUUCCACUCACAUUUGCCGCCAAUUUGGAUAAGAACGAUACAAAUGCUGCUGCGUUGCUGAAGUUAAAACUGCUCAAAAUUAUCGAGCUGGCAGACUUGGUAAUUAAAGAAAUUGACCAAAAUGCACUAUUGGCAUACUAUGGACUGAAAACGGACAACAGGCUAAAUGCGACAAAAAUUAAAACUCAAAUGGACAAACAAAAACAACAACUGCUGGACGCUGCUCAAAAGAAGCUAAUAGCUUUGUCCAAAUUGCGCGUCAUUAAAGCGGUUGUAGACAGCAACGAGGUCGGAGACGACGGGGUCGAUCAGCUUGAUAAUAUCGAACAAUUGUUCAGUGACAUUGGAAAGUUUAUCGAAUACACCGACACGAAGGUUCUGCUAUCAUCGAUUUGGCAUGCGUACGCUCUGAAACAGUACGGUCGUAUGCUCAAGUAUCUAGGUAAACUCUACGAAGAGAAACUAUCGCGGGAGAUUGUUGAAGAACAGACCCGUAUCGUUUCCGAGCGGAAAUGGCCUCAUAUCGAACAACUGCUGAGUAAGGUGAUCGUUACCUCCAAUCCGCAAGGAUAUAGACUGUUUUAAAAUGAAUUCGGUAGGGAAUGUAUGAAUCAGGGUUAACACUAAUUAAAAAAAAUCAAAUUA